AGGUCUGGGGAAGCGGGCGAGGGAAGCGAGUUUGACGUCGUCGCGGUCGUGUCUGUGUGACCCUCCGCGUGAGCGCGGCGACUGGGCGGGGGUGGUCGGGCCGCGGGAGCCGCGUGGCAGAAAUGGGAGGGCCUUGGGUUCUGGAGGCCGAAAGCGCAGUCGGGGGGCGAGGUUGACCCUGUGGUGGCCGGUCGCUGCGGAUCGCCGGCGGAUUUCCUUCAUUGCAUCACUACCACUGAUGGAGGAGAUAUUGGAGUAAAUGCUGAAACUGGAUGGUACAGAGCAGAAGACAGUCCGUUUCACUUUUUCCCCCCCACUGCUUGAACUUUACUGUAACGGCUGAAAAACUUGGAAAAUAAAAAUGAACUUGCUGUUGUCUUGAACAUACUUUUUUUUUUUGGAGGAAAUAUUAAAGUGCCAGAGUGAAAACCACAAUGGCAUCCAGAGAGAGACUGUUUGAACUUUGGAUGCUUUAUUGUACAAAGAAAGACCCAGAUUAUCUGAAACUUUGGUUGGACAACUUUGUUUCUAGCUAUGAGCAGUUCUUAGAUGUUGACUUUGAAAAACUGCCCACCAGAGUGGAUGAUGUGCCUCCAGGAAUAUCUCUGCUUCCUGAUAAUAUCCUUCAGGUUCUGAGGAUCCAGCUGCUUCAUUGUGUUCAGAAAAUGGCAGAUGGCUUAGAGGAAGAACAACAGGCUUUAUCAAUUUUGCUUGUCAAGUUUUUCAUUAUUCUUUGCAGAAAUCUAUCUAACGUUGAAGAGAUUGGGACUUGUUCGUACAUUAAUCAUGUCAUCACUAUGACAACACUCUAUAUUCAGCAACUGAAAAGCAAAACAAAAGAGAAAGAAUUGGCAGAUCAAACUUCCAUUGAAGAAUUUGUGAUCCAUGCUUUGGCAUUUUGUGAAAGUUUAUAUGAUCCUUAUAGGAACUGGAGGCACAGAAUUUCAGGACGGACACUUAGUACUGUGGAAAGGAGCAGACAGAAAUAUAAACCAGCUUCUCUCACAGUAGAGUUUGUACCUUUCUUUUAUCAAUGUUUUCAGGAAAGUGAACAUCUCAAGGAAAGUCUUAAAUGUUGCUUAUUGCAUCUCUUUGGAGCUAUCGUGGCCGGUGGGCAGAGGAAUGCUCUGCAAGCAAUUUCUCCUGCCACCAUGGAAGUUCUUAUGAGAGUUUUGGCAGAUUGUGAUUCAUGGGAGGAUGGAAAUCCUGAAGAAGUGAGUAGGAAGGUAGAACUUACUCUGAAGUGCCUUACAGAAGUCGUACAUAUCCUUCUCACUAGCAGCUCUGACCAGCGCCAAGUGGAAACCAGCACUAUUCUGGAGAACUUUUUUAAAUUGCUAAAUUCAGACCAUUCUGCUUUACCUAAUCAAAAGAGGUCAAGGCAGUGGGAAAACCGGUUCAUAGCCCUACAGAUAAAAAUGCUGAAUACCAUCACAGCCAUGUUAGAUUGUAUGGAUAGACCUGUUCUUCAGGCCAUUUUCCUUAACAGCAAUUGCUUUGAACAUCUCAUACGAUUACUACAGAACUGCAAGCUGUUUUUAAAUGCUAACAAUAAGGUGGCAGACAAGAACGAGAAAGACCUUGCCAACAAAUUACUGACAGAAAUGAAUGAGGACCAGGUGUUGCAGGGACGGUUGGAUUGCUUGGCUGUAUCAACCAUUCAGGCUUUGACAGCAUUGAUGCACAAAUCUCCAGCUGCUAAGGAAGUAUUUAAAGAAAGAAUUGGUUAUAGACAUUUAUUGGAUGUAUUAAAAUCCCUGGGUCAGCCACCAUUGGAACUACUAAAAGAACUUAUGAAUAUGGCUGUAGAGGGUGAUCACACUUCAGUUGGGAUUUUGGGCAUUGGUAAUGUCCAGCCUCUUCUGCUUCUUAUCCAAUGGAUUCCAGAGCUAGAAUCCCAUGACCUGCAAAUCUUCAUCUCUGACUGGCUGAGAAGAAUUUGUUGUAUCAAUAGACAAAGUCGAACUACUUGUGUCAAUGCAAACAUGGGUAUUCAAAUUAUAGAAGCCCUCGAUUCCCAGUCUUCCCUCCAUCGAACUUGUGCUGAGAACUUGAUUGCACUUCAUGGUUCCCUGGGAAGUCAGUCAAUCAGUGCAGAAGAAAUUCAUCGAUUACUACGAUUACUAAGAGUGGAUGAAUCUGAGUUUAUUCACCCUUAUACCAUUUCUGUGACUCGAGCAAUCCUGAUGAUGGCCCGAAAACAAAGCCUAGAGAGUGCACUACAGUAUUUUAAUUUGUCACAUAGUAUGGCAGGAAUUUCUGUGCCUUCGAUACAGAAAUGGCCAGGGUCGGCCUUUUCUUUCAGUGCCUGGUUUUGUUUAGAUCAGGAUCAAUUGACUCUUGGCAAUGGUAACAAAGGAGGAAAAAGAAAACAAUUAUACAGCUUUUUUACAGGGAGUGGCAUGGGUUUUGAAGCUUUUGUUACCUAUGCAGGUAUGCUGGUUGUGGCCGUGUGCACAAAAAGAGAAUAUGCAACAGUUAUGUUACCUGACCACAGUUUUUGUGAUUCCCUUUGGCAUAAUAUAACCAUUGUUCACAUGCCUGGAAAAAGACCUUUUGGCCAGAGCCUUGUUUACAUCUAUGACAAUGGACAGCAAAAGGUCUCUGCCCCUCUCAGAUUUCCUGCCAUGAACGAGCCAUUUAUUUCCUGUUGCAUUGGUUCUGCUGGGCAAAGAACUACCACUCCUCCACCAUCCCAAAUCCCAGAUCCACCAUUUUCUUCUCCGAUUACCCCUCAUCGGACUUCAUUUGGUGGAAUACUGUCUUCAGCUUCCUGGGGUGGGACAAUUGACAAAUCAAAAUCAGUUACCAAAUUGAUAUCAGCUGGAACCCAAGAUAGUGAAUGGGGAUGUCCUACAUCUUUGGAGGGUCAGCUUGGGUCUGUUACCAUUUUUCAUGAAGCACUACAGCCUCCUCAGGUGAAGGCAUUAUAUUUAGCAGGACCAAACUGUUUAAAUCCUUGGAAAUUCCAAGACACUGACAUGGCUGAUGUGCCUGGUAAUGUCCUUCUCCACUACACUGCAAAGGCAUGCAAAAAUUCAAUCUGUCUUGAUUUAUCUACUAAUUGUUUGCAUGGAAGGUUAACGGGAAACAAAGUAGUAAAUUGGGACAUUAAGGACGCCAUAAAUUGCAUAGGUGGUUUAAAUGUACUCUUUCCUUUAUUGACUCAAAUCAGCCACUUCAGUGAAGGACGUAUUCCUGAAGAAACAAAUGAAAGCACAGUUUCUGAAUCGAUAGCACCUUUAGAAGGAGAUUGGGUGCUGUUGACCUCCACAAAGGCAUCAGAAUCAAGAUUAGAACGGAAUUUAAUUGCAACAUUUAUUUUGAUUGUGAAGCACUUUAUUCAAAGACAUCCUAUUAACCAGGAUAAUCUUAUUCACUCCCAUGGAGUUGCCACUCUUGGUGCCUUACUGCAGAAGGUGCCGAGCACCUUGAUGGAUGUUAAUGUAUUGAUGGCAAUUCAGUUGCUGAUUGAGCAGAUAUCACUAGAGAAAAAUACUCAACUCCUUCAACAAAUGUAUCAGUAUUUACUUUUUGACUUCCGAAUUUGGAACCAUGGAGAUUUUCCCUUUCGAAUUGGUCACAUACAAUAUCUCUCCACCAUCAUCAAAGAUAGCCGAAGAGUUUUCCGAAAGAAGUAUGGUGUGCAGUUUCUCCUAGAUAUACUUAGGAUUUAUUAUGGGAGUGAUUGUAAAUACAGUGAGCUGACUCUAGAUGAUAUUCGAACAAUAAGGACUUCUUUGUAUGCAUUAAUUAAGUAUUUUCUGUGCAAAGGUGGAACCCAUGAAGAGAUACAAAGUAUUAUGGGUUAUGUUGCUGCUGUCAAUGAAGAAGAACAGCUCUUUGGAGUUUUGGAUAUUCUUCUCAAUCUCCUACGUACUAGCCCAACCAGAGGCCAGCUUUUCUUACUGCUGUUUGAACCAGGAAAUGCUGACAUACUUUAUGCAUUGCUCUUAAAUCAGAAGUACUCUGACAGACUAAGAGAAAUCAUUUUUAAGGUUUUGGAGCAAAUGUUGAAAUGCACUAAUGUUUAUGAACGAAGUAAACAACGUAUUCGACUCAGAGAAGUUGGUUAUUCAGGAUUGGGACUUCUUCUUAAUGAAUCACCUGUUAGUGCCUCUCUUAUUAAAAACCUCAUCCAUCAAAUCAUCAAUACAGAUUCUGCUGUUAAUUUCAAAGAUCUAUUGUCUGUGAUUUAUAUAGCUCACAAAGCACAUGUAAAUGUCAGAGUUUUCAUCUGCAGAAAGGUUUUACAGAUUUUACAGUCCCAGCCAGAUGCAGCACACCAGAUAUCCCAACAAGUGGGCUGGCAAGAUACUUUAGUUAGACUCUUUUUAAAAGAAAAUUUUGAAAAUGGCACUGCGCUUCAAAAGCACAGUAGGGCUGUUUUAAUGAAAGAUCAUGAUAAGAACGUAUCAGCUGAAGAUACUAAGAAGAACUUUGAUGACAAGACAAAUGAAAAAAACUCAUUCCCAUCUAUUCAUAUGUCUUCAGAUCAGUGGAGUUUGGAAGACAGACAUUAUUUAGAAUCAAAUGUACCAUUUCAAGAAGGCUCAGGGGGAGAGUUGUCUUUCAAAUCAGAGAACCAAGAUGAAUUCUGGCAUAAUAACCAUUCACAUUUGAGUUUAGAUUUCAGUGAAUUUGACUCCUGUGAAAUGAGUGAUAGUGGAAGUCACAUGCCAGACAGCCUCCCUAGCACUCCAUCCCCAGUGGAAUCUACUAAGUCGUUUUCUGUGCAAUGUGAAAGGGAAAGUAGCAGCGCAAAUGAGAAGGACCUUAGUGAUGACUUCUCUUUACUUGAAUGUCAACAGAAAUGUGAAGAGGAGCUUCUUCAAUUGCUGACAAGUAUUUUGAAUUAUGUAAUGUGCAAGGGGCUGGAAAAGUCUGAUGAUGAAACUUGGAUUGAACGGGGUCAAGUGUUUUCAGCGCUAUCUAAACCAGGAAUAUCCAGUGAGCUACUUCAACCAUCAGAUGAAAUAAAACUAGUUUUGCUACAGAAGAUGUUAGAAUGGACAGUCACAGAAAACAGAGAUGCAAAAGCCAAUAUAGUAACUGCUGAAAAUGCCUUUCGACUCAUGUUGGUCAUACAGGACUUUCUGCAGUCAGAAGGACUUGUUAAUUCAAACAUGUGGACUGAGAAGCUUCUAGAGGAUAUGAAUCUGCUCUUUGAUAGUCUGUCAGUUUGGUAUUCUGAAAGUCCAGAGUCGAUAAAACUUUCUCAGAUUCAAGUACAGUUGCUUCUAGGAUUCAUUGAAAGGGGUAAUUUACAGGUUUGUGCAGUGGCAUCAGCUAAGCUAAAUACCCUUCUUCAGACCAAAGUGAUUGAAAAUCAAAAUGAAGCAUGUUAUAUAUUAGGGAAGCUUGAACAUGUUCUAAGUCAGUCAAUCAAGGAACAAACUGAAAUCUACUCAUUUCUGAUUCCUCUUGUACGAACUCUGGUUUCCAAAAUUUAUGAACUUCUCUUCAUGAACUUACACCUGCCAUCUUUACCUUUUACCAAUGGAAGCUCCUCGUUUUUUGAAGAUUUUCAAGAAUAUUGCAGUUCAAAUGAAUGGCAAGUUUACAUUGAAAAAUAUAUUGUACCUUAUAUGAAGCAAUAUGAAACUCACACACUUUUUGAUGGUCAUGAGAACAUGGCACUUUAUUGGAAAGACUGUUAUGAGGCCUUAAUGAUAAAUAUGCAUAAACGAGACCGGGAAGGAGGAGAAAGCAAGCUCCAGUUUCAGGAGUUUUUUGUGGUACCAUUUACUCGAAAAGCACGACAGGAGAACUUGAGGUAUAAUAAUAUGCUCAAACAACUUAGUAGUCAACACCUAGUAGCUCUGAGUCACUGGAAGACAAUACAGCUCUAUCUUACAUGUGAAAGGGGACCAUGGGCUGAAAGGAAGCAAAGAGAAAUGCACUGGAAACUAGCAAAUGUAGAAAAUUAUUCGCGCAUGAGACUAAAAUUGAUUCCGAAUUAUAACUUCAAAACCCAUGAUGAAGCUAGUGCUUCUAGAGAUAAUUUAGCAGGUAUCCAACACUCACAGCCUUCCAGUGAUUCUUUGCUUUUGGAAGUGGUGAAACAAGUAAAAGUUAAUGAUAUGAAGGAGGAUAAAUUAGACCUUCCUGAAGAGGAAUUAACUGCCAGGACAAAUAUUGAUGAGAAAGAAGAACAGGAUCAAAAAGAAAAAUUGGUUUUGUCAGAAGACUGUGAACUUAUUACAAUAAUUGACAUAAUUCCGGGCAGAUUGGAAAUCACUACUCAGCACAUUUACUUCCAUGAUGGCAGUUUUGAGAAAGAAGAUGGAGUAGGCUUUGAUUUCAAGUGGCCUCUUUCUCAAGUUCGAGAGAUUCACCUGCGGCGUUACAAUUUAAGGAGGUCAGCCCUUGAGAUUUUUCAUGUUGAUCAAUCCAACUACUUUCUCAAUUUCAAAAAAGAGGUUAGAAAUAAAGUAUAUAGCAGACUGCUGUCACUUCAUUCUCCAAAUAGUUAUGGAACUAGAUCACCACAGGAGUUAUUUAAAGCAUCAGGAUUGACGCAGAAAUGGGUAAACAGAGAGAUAUCCAAUUUUGACUACCUUAUUCAAAUAAAUACAAUAGCAGGAAGAACCUAUAAUGACCUUGCACAGUACCCUGUGUUUCCCUGGAUUUUACAAGACUACACUUCUGAAGAAUUGGACCUUAAUAACCCAGCUGUGUUUCGAGAUCUUUCCAAACCAAUUGGAGUUGUUAAUGAUAAAAAUGCUCAAGCUAUGAGAGAAAAAUAUGAAAAUUUUGAGGAUCCUAUGGGAACUAUUGAUAAGUUUCAUUAUGGUACUCACUACUCAAAUCCUGCAGGAGUCAUGCACUAUCUUAUCCGUACAGAACCAUUUACUACCCUUCAUAUCCAGCUUCAGAGUGGAAGGUUUGACUGUGCAGAUCGACAGUUCCAUUCCAUCCCUGCUACAUGGCAGACUCUCAUGGACAACACGUAUGAUGUGAAGGAACUUAUUCCUGAAUUCUUCUAUUUUCCAGAAUUUCUGGAAAAUCAAAAUCAAUUUAACUUGGGUCGUCUCCAAGUUUCCAAAGAACUAGUAAAUGAUGUCAUUCUCCCAAAAUGGGCUAAGUCAUCUGAAGAUUUUAUCUACAAGCAUAGGAAAGCUCUGGAAUCUGAACAUGUUUCUGCACAUCUUCAUGAAUGGAUAGAUCUGAUUUUUGGCUAUAAACAGAGAGGACCAGCUGCAGUGGAGGCACUUAAUGUAUUCUAUUACUGUAGCUAUGAAGGAGCUGUGGAUCUAGAUGCCUUAACUGAUGAGAAAGAAAGAAAAGCCUUAGAAGGAAUGAUUAAUAAUUUUGGGCAGACACCUUGUCAGCUGUUAAAGGAACCUCACCCUCCUAGGUUAUCAGCAGAGGAAGCAAUGCAGAAGCAAACCAAAACAGACACUUCGACCGUAAACUUAUUUCAACACCUCCUUGAACUCAAGUCAUUUUUCAUUGAGGGGAUUAGUGAUGGUAUUCCGCUAAUAAAGGCCAUUAUUCCCAAAAAUCAGUCUCGUUCAUUUAUGUCUCAGGGCAGUCCUGAGUUACUGGUAACAGUAAACACUAAUUACAUUAUUGGAACCCAUGGGUGGCUGCCAUAUGAUAGAAACAUUUCUAAUUAUUUUACAUUCUUGAAAGAUCAAACUGUGACAAAUCCAAAAACACAGCGUAGUAUGAAUCAUCCUUUUGCUCCAGGAUUGGAGAUCACUUCUAAACUAUUUAUAGUAUCACAUGAUGCGAAGUUGCUUUUCAGUGCUGGGCACUGGGAUAAUAGCAUUCAAGUGAUGUCACUUACAAAAGGCAAAAUUAUUUCACACAAUAUCAGACAUAUGGAUAUUGUUACUUGUUUAGCUAUAGAUUACUGUGGUAUACAUUUGAUAUCUGGAUCCAGAGACACUACAUGUAUGAUAUGGCAAAUAAUGCAACAGGGAGGUGUUCCUGUGGGCUUAGCAUCGAAACCCUUUCAGAUUCUUUAUGGACAUACUGAUGAAGUAUUGAGUGUCGGCAUCAGCACUGAGCUAGACAUGGCAGUGUCAGGAUCAAGGGAUGGCACUGUGAUAAUACACAGCAUUCAAAAAGGUCAAUAUAUGAGGACUUUACGGCCACCUUGUGAGAGUUCUCUCCUCCUAACCAUUCCAAAUUUGGCUAUAUCUUUGGAAGGACAUAUUGUCAUCUACUCGAGCAUUGAAGAAAAGAAUACACUAAAGGAUAAGAAUGCAUUACAUCUGUUUUCAAUAAAUGGCAAAUAUCUAGGGUCUCAAGUCCUGACAGAACAACUAUCAGACUUAUGCAUAAUUGGAGAACACAUUGUCAUGGGCAGCUUACAAGGGUUCCUGUCCAUCAGAGAUCUCUACAGCUUGAAUCUCAGCAUCAACCCAUUAUUCAUGCGAGUGCCUAUCCACUGUAUUUGUGUAACCAAAGAGUACAGCCAUAUUCUUGUUGGAUUAGAAGAUGGCAAAUUGAUUGUAGUCGGGGUUGGCAAACCAGCUGAGGUACGAACAGGUCAGCUAUCUCGAAAAUUGUGGGGCUCUAGCAAGCGUCUCAGCCAGAUUUCAGCUGGAGAAACUGAAUAUAAUACUCAAGAUUUCAAGUGAUUGUUCAUCUUCUGUUUAACUGAGUAGAAGUUUUUAAAUAACUUAAACUUGCUUUGUCACUUUAACCACAUCUCUUAACUUCUUGACGUGUUUGCUUUGGUUAUAUUAUUCUUCAUGAAAAAAUUCUAGGUAGGGCUGAAUUAAUAAUUCAAUGGGUAUGCAUAUGCUUUGCAUGUAGGAAACCCAGUUUAGAUUCUGGCAUCCCCAGGUUCUGCAAAUAGCACCUGAAGCACUUCUGGGUGUGUUCUUAAAGCAAAAAAAAUCCUUGUUUACAUUAUUGAAUUUGAUGAAGCAAUUUUUGGUUUAUACAAAGGUGAAUAUGAGAAGACACAUAUUACUAAUGAUUCGAUCCAUUUUUAAUAGCAAACUUCUCAGAAAAAGAAAUUUUAUUAAACCAGCUUAUUUUUCUAUAUAACAAAAUUUAAGAUAUUUCUAAUAAAGGUACAAAUAAGAUAAAUGUUAAGAGACAUAGCUAGUAAAUCAUAUUUAGUUCAUUGCUUUACUAUUUAUUGACUACCUUAUUAAAAUAUGUUUAUUUAUGUGGAAGUUUGAUUGAAGAUAGUAUUUUAAAGGCAUCUGUUGCAUACAUUUUUGUAUUUAGGACUAUUGAAACUGGUACAUUGGCUUGUUCUGCUACUACAUAGAUCAUUACUAAUGAGAAUUUACUGAAAUAUAUUUAUUAUUUUAAAAUAAUGGUUGAGUGAAAAUAAGUAACUAGAUAUAAACCAUACAGAUGUGUUUCUUUAUUAUUAUACAAAAAUAAAAUGCUUAUUAUGAUUUCUACACUUGGAUCCUUUAAAUAGUAUUGCAGCACAAUUUGUAUCUUGAAAGUUUAAAAUUUUUUCACUUGUUUUGCACUAAGUAAAUAUUGUUUACCCCCAAUAAUUUGAAGAAUUAGAAAUGGUACCCAAAUGUAUUACAUUUUUACCUGGGAUUUCUUUGUGAUGAGUGAAUUAAAAACGCAUGCAACUAGUCACUUAGUUAUAUUAAUUUUAGGAGAAGUAUAUAUUUCUGUUAUAUGUUACAUAUAAAUUUUAGGUUUUUACUUUAUUAUGCAUAUUUUAUUGUUAUGUUAAAUGAUUAAUUAUUCAGGUUAUUAAAGUGGAAGCCUGAUAGAGUUGUUUCGGUAAUUUAGAAUGUCAGAUUGAGAAGACACUGAUUUUUGCCAGUGCUGGGAAUCAAACCCAGGGUCUCACACAUGGAAGGCAAGUGUUCUAUCACUGAGCCACUGAUUAUUUUUUAGAAUUCAAAAGACGGUUAGCAAAAUUGUUUUUGCAAGGUUUUUACUAGGUCAUCAUAUGAGUUAGUCAGAGAGCUUAAAUACUUUCAUCUGUUCUUAAUCUGAGAUUGCAUAGGUUUGGAAAAUUCAUGAAUCCUCUGAAAUUAUGUAGAAAUUCAUUAUGUUAACUGCACUUUUUUUUUAAGGACUGAAUAGCUAGAUAUUUAAUAAGGUUUCUGUCGCCAGAGAAAAUGUCGCCAGGGAAAAAUGUUUUUAUAAUAUCUUCAUAAUAUUCUUUUUGAUUCCACAAAUCAUAGAUUUAUUUAUAUCCAGUUGUCUUUUAGUUCAAUAUUUAAUAAAUUUUUCUUCUGCA